AUGGCUCACCACAGCCUUGACCUCCUAGGUUCAGGCGAUCCUUCUACCUUAGCCUCUCAAGUAUUAAUAGCUUGGACUACAGGAGUGCACCACGUGCUGGCGCCCCCCAAGGGGUCGGAGGCCUCCUUGGAGCCGGCGACAGCUCUCCCCUCGGAGACGAAGGCCCUUGCAGGAACGGGGGCGCCUGGGGGGACGGCUUCCCUGUGCCAAGAGGCCGGACGCCCCCUCGAAGGAAAGAGCGACGUAGGAGACAGGGCAGGCUUCGCGGGCACAAAAUCCCCCCCGGAGCUGGGGCCCGCAGUGGGAUUAGAAAACCGAGAUUCCCGGGCGGGGGGAAGCCCAGGAGCCAGGCAUCAGUUUGCGAACAGGCUGGCAUCGCCAGAAACAAAGCGGCCGUUCAACAAGGGGCUGGAAGGGGGCUUCGGAGGACAGAAUUCGUCCAGGGCCCCUACGGAGAGGAGCCACUCAGGGGCCAGGGAGACCUCAGCCUCAGAGGGAGCAGAAUCCUCUCUGGGGGUGUGGCCAGGAAGAGAGGCGUUGGGAAAUGAGUGUCUCCUCGUGAGGCAGCCCCCCUCGGGCGUGGUGUGUGAGGGUCCGCAGGCCACAGGGAGCGGGGGAGGUCCCGUGGCAGGUGGCCCUGAGGGGACAGAGGCGUUAGGGGAAAAGCCACCUGUUUGGGAGAUGGCCUCAAGAGGGGACCCGGCAAAAGGGCCUGCCUGGGGUGUGAUGAGACCCAGAGCCCAGGUGAUUCCCCCGAAGGUAGACCUUGGACGACCCCAGGCGGAGGAGGCAGAGGAAAGGAGGAACGCAGAGCCCCAGAUGGGCUUGGUCUUAGAACCUCCCCAGGGCCCCUUUGCCCAACCACCUGGAGAGGAAAAGGAGUCUGAACGCCUUGAGCCGGGAGUGGAACCUCCAGAUGACAUCCGGCCCGUAUACUCUGGGAAGUUUUUUGAUCGGACGCCUGGCUGGCCAAGCGCAGGGAAAGUUAUUCCCAUCGGUUACAGAGUUGCAACCUGCUUGACUGAAAAACUUCCCAGGCUCAUGACUCCACCUGAAGCAAAAAAGUACUUCAACUUCCGAUAUCCACCUGCUGGGGCAGAGAGAGUCUUUUAUGGCCGAGCAAAUGACCCCCAAGUUGCACCUUAUUUGACACAUGGGAUCAGAUCCAAAGUCUCCAUACCGGCAGGCACGUUGAUAAACCCACAGCCCAUUACCACAUUUCAACAGAAAGUGAAAGAUCAAAAAGAAUCUAUAUAUCUCAGCAAUCAACGAGCACCAUUAGGAAGAUCUCAUGAUCAAACCCCAGGAUUACCUGAAGGAAUGGAUAUAAUCAAUACGACAUUUGGGACUGCAGUCAUCAAAGAAUUCUCAGCCAGAGACGUGGUGAAUCCACCAAAAUCCCACGAAGAAGUCUUUAAAGAAGGAACAGCAGGACAUGAUCUGUAUGUUGUCUCUCACAAUGACUACUACGUGGGUGAGUGCCCUCUGAUCCAGGUGGGCCCCAGGACAGAGCUUUGCGCGCGGGGACCCGUGGGCGCCGCGAGCCUGUCUCAGGCUGCGGCUGUCGUCCUCCCGACUCAGCGGCUGCGCGUGGACACGUCCCGUGGACACGUCCCGACUCCCGCAGAGGCACGCGCGGCCCUUGCGUCUGCGAGGCGCGGCUCCGGGCCUCCCGGCCUGGUCCGCACUGCCCUGCGUGUCCGGAUCACGCCUUGGCUGACUCCAGAGGGUCGCUGGCGGUCGUGCGGGCCGGGGCCUCCCCUGCGGCUGUGUCGCCAGGGGACGCCGCUCCUUCCUCCCUCUGGGGGCAGGAGAGGAGGGCAGGGGCGACCGGGCGCCUGUGCUCCUUCGCGGCCGCUCCGCCGAGUGUGGCGCUUCUCCAGGCGGGGCAGCCGCCGCCACGAGCCAGCGCAGCUUGAGACUUCGGUGCUUAUUGAUUUUGGUCUCAGCAGCACAGUAGAGAAGUUAUUCGUUUUAAUGUGGAAAAGAGGAGCUCAGAUUGUAUCCAAGAGAGUUGACGAUUUCAAAGAAAAGUUUCAGCAUAAGCUUGGAAGAGUUUUAGAUCCCAUUGCAGACACAAUGAACGUCCCCCCGGACCACACGUUUGGAGCUUGUCUCCGACCUGAGGCAUACGGCGUCGGCGAUCUGAUCCACAGCAGGCUCCCGGGCGAGUAUCUCCGAGGCUCGGACAGGCAGCGUGCCCAGCUUGCCGCCGUGCGCCACCGUCUGAAGACCGUGAUCCACCAACACUUCGACACGCUGCUGGCAGCCUUCAGGCACUAUGACAAGAAGGGAGAUGGGGUGAUAGACAGGGCCGAGCUGCGGGAGGCGUGUGACCAGGCCGGCCUGCACCUGGACAGGACGCUGCUGGACCAGCUGUUCCACUACUGUGACAUGGACGGCGACGGCCUGAUCAGCUACCUGGAAUUUGCCAAUUUUCUCACCUGGAAAGACAGGAUGCCUCUUAAGGAGCAUGAAGAGAGUGUCCUCAUUCAAGGUGGAAAACAGCAUUGUGCAAACCCCGCAGAGGCAAGCGUGGAAGAGUCUGGGCCGGCUCUCCUGAUAAAGCCUGAAGAUCUUGUCCUGAAAGAACCAGGAAGCUCGGAGAAGACUCUCCGGACACUUGUGAGACCCGGGGACAAGGUUUCUAACUACUACAAGACAACCUCUUCUGAGAUCAGCUCCGUGGUGGGGGCCGUUCCUUCUCUGUGUCACCCCAUCUGUGGGGUCCCCACCAUCCGGUCUGAUAUUCCUGCCCCCCGAAUUCGUCGCAUCAGUGAUAGAACCAAUUACGGCGAGGAUGGCACCGCACACUCCCUGCUGUGCCCCACCAUCUUCGCCCAGCGGGGAGUGUUUGAGAGAGACUUCUUCAAGGCCAGAUCCAAGGAGGAGAUUGCAGAUAUACUAUGCCACAUCGGGGUCAAGCUUUCUGAGGAAGAGUUCGAACACGCAUGGAGACUUGCAUCCAAAAAACACCACAGAGGAGAAGUUUGUGUUGAGAACAUCAGGAAUGUUCUGGAUGAGCUGCGUCACGCAGAGCGGAUCCAAUGUAAAACGCCUGUGUGAUAUGCGUGGAGUCCACUCGGACAGAAGACUUGUGAAGCGUGCGUUCGUCUGGGAUGCUCGCUCCAUUCUGGCUUUAGAACCCUGUUGGAAUUCAGUAGUUUCUGUGGCCAGACCCAUGUGCCUGCGUGGGUUG